UGGCGUGGCAUUAGAAACUGACUGCAACUGUUGGGUGAUUUUCCGCCUUCUUGAUUUCUUCAGUUGCGAACAAGAAAAAAAACCCUAAUUUUCUUUCCGAUAUACUUCGCAUUUACAAUGAAGCCUCGCUCUCAUGGUGAUGAAGCUUCGUCUUCCAAAGGGAAUAAAAAUCCUGAAUACAUAGAGAACUCUUAUGAGGAUGAUAGGAAUACGGUUUUGUCGAAUUCCGAUAGUAAUACGCUGUCGUCGGAUUCCAAUUAUGGCGCAUUUCUUGAUGUAGAUGAAAAUAUAUCGAAUGCGAUUGAAGAGAACGGACAGGAAGAGAUUUUAGACUAUGAUCAUGUCUUGGAAGUUGCGCAGGGAGAAGGAGAACUGAAUGUGAAUAUUAUUGAGGGGAGAAAGAAGAGGAGUAAGAAAAGGGAGAAACCCACAUUAUUGUGGCAAGUAUGGGAACAAGAAAAUGAGAGGUGGGUUGCAGAGAAUUCGACCGGAGACAUUGAUUUGAGCAAUCAGAAUGAUACGUUGCGUGAUGUUCUUGAGCCUCCACCAGAUUUGAUAAUGCCGCUAUUGAGGUACCAGAAAGAAUGGUUGGCUUGGUCUGUAAAGCAAGAAGCAUCUGCUAUGAGAGGAGGUAUUCUUGCAGAUGAAAUGGGGAUGGGCAAGACUGUCCAGGCAAUAUCCCUCGUUCUAAAAAAACGAGAAAUGAACCCAGCCAUUCCUGGGACUGAAUUACCCUCGUAUAUAAUUAAAGGCACUCUCGUUGUAUGUCCCUUGGCGGCUGCAAUGCAGUGGGUAAGUGAGAUUGAACGUUGCACUGCGAGAGGAAGCACGAAGGUGCUUCUUUAUCAUGGAGCGAAAAGAGAAGAGAACUUUUGUCGAUUUUCUGAGUAUGACUUUGUUAUUACUACGUAUAACGUUCUUGCGACUGAUUCCAGGAAGUAUCUGAUACCAAAAGAGAAAUGCCUCGUAUGUGGAAAAUUAUUCUACGAAAAGAAGUUGAAAAUGCACUUGAGAUCUCCAUGUAAGCAGAAGAAUACCUCUAACUCUGUACUCAAAACUAGGAAGAGAGGUCCCAAGAAAGAUAGGAAGAGCCGGGAGAAGGAACUGGGACUUGAAUAUUCAAUUGAAAAUUCUGUGCUUACAGGCAAAUCUAUGCUACAUUCUGUGAAAUGGGAACGUAUCAUUUUGGAUGAGGCUCAUGAUAUAAAAGAUAAACGCAGAAUCAAAGCCAAAGCUGUUUUUGAUUUACAAUCUUCAUAUAAAUGGGCUUUGACUGGCACACCCCUCCAGAAUCAUAUUGAAGAGCUCUACUCAUUUGUUCGGUUUCUGCAGAUAGUUCCUUACUCUUAUUACUUCUGUAAAGAUUGUGAUUGCCGCUCACUAGAUUACAGUGCCGGAGGAGAAUGUCCACACUGCCUUCACAAAACUCGGCACUUUUGCUGGUGGGACAAAUAUAUUACUUCACCGUUAAGGAGGAGGGGCGGCAGGGAUGCUAUGAAUUUGUUGACACACAAAAUUUUGAAAAGCAUAAUGUUGAGACGUACCAAGAAGGGCAGGGCUGCUGAUCUUGCACUGCCUCAUAGAACUGUUAUCAUAAAACGGCUUACACUGGAUGUUGUAGAAGAAGAUUAUUAUAAAGCAUUGUACAAGAAGUGUCGGGCACGGUUCAAUACAUAUGUAGAAGCAGGAACACUGAUGAAUAACCGUACUCACAUAUUUUCACAUCUAACGCGCCUACGACAGGCAGUUGAUCAUCCUUACUUAGUGCAAUUUUCUGAUACUGCAUCGGAAAGAAAGGGUAAAGCAGUUGAUACUUGCAACGGUGAACAGUGUAGCUUGUGUCAAGAUCUUGUAGAAGAUCCUGUUGUGACAUCAUGUGCACACAUGUUCUGCAAAUCUUGUUUGAUAGAUUAUUCUGCUAUCAUGGGACAGGACUCCUGCCCUUCGUGUUCAACACCACUCACUGUUGAUUCUACUGGCAAGGAUUGCAGGGAGCAGAAUGAAAGCACCAUUUUAGGGUUCAAGUCCUCUAGUAUUUUGAAUAGAAUUCAACUCAAGGCUUUCAAGACGAGCACUAAAAUAGAAGCUUUGAGGGAGGAAAUCAGAGACAUGUUUGAAAGGGAUGGUUCAGCAAAGGGAAUUGUCUUCAGCCAAUUUACAUCCUUUCUGGAUCUCAUACAUUACUCUCUUCAGCAGUCGGGAGUGAACUGUGUGCAAUAUGAUGGGAGUAUGACCCUAGGAGCUAGAGAUGCUGCUAUCACAAGAUUUAAUGAGGAUCCUGAUUGCAGAAUAUUCCUUAUAAACUUGAGAGCCGGUGGUGUUGCCCUCAAUCUUACAGUGGCAUCAAAUGUUUUCUUGAUGGAUCCAUGGUGGAAUCCUGCUGUGGAGCAGCAAGCUCAGGAAAGAAUCUAUCGUAUAGGACAAUACAAACCAAUCAGGAUUGUGAAGUUUAUCGUUGAAAACACAAUCGAGGAGAGGAUUUUGAAGUUGCAAGAGAAGAAGCAAUUAAUGUUUGAAGGGACUAUAGAUGGUUCUUCAAAGGCUAUCGGGAAGUAUGAACCGUCUGAUUUCAUAUACCUGUUCGAAUAGGGAUCAUAAUUUGGAAGGGGCAUGUUCUUGAGACCUUGCUUUUGUUAACAGAUUUUUUUUUUUUUUAAUUCUUUCUUGGAACUACAUAUGGUUUCCCCUUUAAUCACAGCCAAAUUGGUGAAGUAAACUUUCUUGUUUUGUUAUAUGUAGCGACUAGAUCACUCUUCCAAGUUCCAAUGUGAAUAUACAAAAUAUAAUACGGUAGCCAUUUUAGCUGGGAUUUCACCGGUUAGGUCUUUGUAUUGUGGUUGUAUAUCAAUUCAAUUUUGUAUAU